GUCCUCAAGUCGGAAGCUUGUGCACUGCUCCAGCACCGAGCCGCCGCGGGGGAAAAAUGGAGCCGUUCACCAGCGAUCGGCUUCAGCUCCCCAGGAACAUGAUCGAAAACAGCAUGUUUGAGGAAGAGCCAGAUGUGGUAGAUUUAGCCAAAGAACCUUGUUUACAUCCCCUGGAACCUGAUGAGGUGGAAUAUGAGCCUCGAGGGUCAAGAUUACUUGUUCGUGGUCUUGGAGAACACGACAUCGAUGAGGAGGAAGAGGAUUAUGAAUCGUCUGCAAAAUUGCUGGGCAUGUCUUUCAUGAACAGAAGCUCAGGUCUUCGGAAUAACAUAACUGGCUAUAGACAGGGUCCCGAUGGGGUUUGUUCACUGCCCUCUGCAAGGACCAUGCUAAUUUGUACUUUUGUCCUUGUGGUUGCUAUUUCUGUAAUAAUGGUGAUUUAUCUUCUUCCCCGGUGUACCUUUACCAAAGAAGGCUGCCAUAAAAAGAAUCAGUCCAUGGUUUUAAUACAACCAAUUGCAAGUAAUGGGAAGUUGUUUCCCUGGGCACGGAUGAGACUUCCCCAAAACAUAAUGCCAUUACAAUAUGAACUCACCAUCCACCCGAACCUCACCACAAAGAAAUUUGAAGGUUCUGUGGAGAUAAAGAUUCAGGUCCUUAAAACCACUCAGAAUAUUAUUCUGCAUAGCUCUGGGCAUAAUAUCUCCAAAGUAUUCUUCACUUCAGUAGUUCCAAAGCAAGAGAAACCAGUUGAAAUUUUGGAAUAUAAAUUUCAUGAGCAAAUUGCAAUUGUAACACCUGAUGCACUUUUGGAAGGCCACAACUACACCCUGAAGAUAGAUUACUCAGCCAAUAUGUCCACCAACUACUAUGGAUUUUACGGAGUCACAUAUGAAGAUGAAAAUAAGGAGAAAAAGUACUUUGCAGCAACUCAGUUUGAACCUCUUGCAGCAAGGUCUGCUUUUCCUUGUUUUGAUGAACCAGCAUUUAAAGCAACAUUUAUCAUCAAGAUUGUGAGGGAGGAACAAUACACAGCUUUAUCAAAUAUGCCCAAGAAAUCAUCUGUUCAAAUAGAAGGCAGGCUUAUUAUGGAUGAAUUUUUUGAGAGUGUGAAAAUGAGUACAUAUCUGGUUGCCUUCAUUGUGGGAGAAUUGAAGAAUAUGACCCAGGAGACCAAUGGAAUUCUGGUUUCCAUUUACACUGUGCCAGAGAAGAUUGACCAAGCCAAAUCUGCUCUUGAUACAGCAGUGAAGCUUCUUGAAUUUUAUCAGCACUAUUUUGAAAUCAAGUACCCUCUUCAGAAAUUAGAUUUGGUAGCUAUUCCUGACAUUCAAGCUGGAGCUAUGGAAAAUUGGGGUUUGAUCACUUUCCGAGAAGAAACGCUCUUGUAUGAUAUUAACACUUCUUCAGUGAUGGAUAGAAAGCUGGUUGCGAGAAUAAUUGCGCAUGAACUGGCCCACCAGUGGUUUGGCAACCUGGUAACUAUGCAGUGGUGGAAUGAUCUUUGGCUGAAUGAAGGAUUUGCUACUUUCAUGGAGUAUUUCUCCUUGAGCAAAAAUUUCACACAGUUAGCAAGUUAUGAGGAUUUCUUGAAUGCUCGUUUUAAGACCAUGAAGAAGGAUUCUCUGAAUUCAUCUCAUUCAACCUCAUCUUCUGUUCAGUCUUCAGAGCAAAUUGAAGAAAUGUUUGAUUCGCUUUCAUAUUUUAAGGGAGCAUCUCUUUUGUUAAUGCUGAAAAGUUUUCUGAAAGAAGAUGUAUUUCAGCAUUGCGUCAUACUUUAUUUACACAAUCACAGCUAUGCAUCUAUUCAAAGUGAUGACCUUUGGAAUAGUUUUAAUGAGAUCACAAAAGAAAAUCUGGAUGUGAAAACAAUGAUGAAAACUUGGACCCUGCAGCCAGGAUUUCCUUUAGUGACUGUUCAAAGAAAAGGGAAACAAAUUUUAGUGCAACAAGAGAGAUUCUUUCUAAGUGCUACAAAUUCUGGAAUUCAUCCUUUGGAUUCAAGCCACCUGUGGCAUAUUCCACUCUCUUACAUCACUAGUGACUAUAAGCCACAAGAAUAUCCAUAUGUGACAUUACUAAACAAAAAAUCAGAUGUCCUCAAUCUUACAGAAGAAGUGCAGUGGGUUAAGUUCAAUGUGGAUGUGACUGGGUACUACAUAGUACACUAUGCAGAUCCUGACUGGGAAGCAUUAAUUAAGCAAUUGCAAAGAAACAUUAGUGUCCUGAGUGACAGAGACCGAGCUGGCCUUAUCAACAAUAUAUUUGAACUUUCAAGCUUAGGAAAGGUGUCUCUGAAAAAGGCCUUUGAUCUGAUUGAUUACCUUGGAAAUGAAACUCACACUGCACCCAUCAGUGAAGCCCUCUUUCAAACUGAUCUCAUCUAUGACCUGCUGGAAAAAAUUGGAGAGAUAGAGCUAGCCAGAAAAACGGUGACCAGAGUGGCAAAGUUGCUUCAACCCCAAAUCCAACAACAAACUUGGUCCGAUGAGGGGACCCUGUCAAAGCGAGAACUUCGGUCAAUCCUGCUCGACUUUGCCUGCACCCAUCAACUAGAGAACUGUAACACAAAGGCCAUGAAGCUGUUUCAAGAAUGGGUAGAUUCCAAUGGUACUAAAAGCCUGCCGACUGAUGUCAUGCCAGUGGUAUUCAAAGUGGGAGCAAAAACUGAGGCAGGCUGGACCUUCUUGUUUGAAAAGUAUGGCUCUUCAGAAUCAGAAGCCGAAAGGAACAAAAUCCUUGAAGCUCUUGCCAGCUCAGAGGAUGUACGGAAACUUCACUGGUUAUUGAAAGCUAGUCUUGAUGGAGACAUCAUCCGGUCGCAAAAGCUGCCCCUCAUCGUUAAAACUGUUGGUCGAAGUUUUGCUGGGCAUUUAUUGGCGUGGGAUUUUGUCAAAGAGAAUUGGAAUAGGCUUGUACAGAAGUUCCAUUUAGGAUCCUAUACCAUUCAGCAUAUUGUUGCUGGCACAACUCAUCUGUUUUCAACAAAGACACAUUUGUCUGAGGUACAGACGUUCUUUGAAGCCCAGUCAGAGGCAACCUCACAACUCCGUUGCGUCCAGGAGGCCAUUCAGAUCAUCCAGCUGAAUAUCCAGUGGAUGGAGAAGAACUUAAAAAAUCUGUCUUUCUGGCUGUAGAGUACAUGACAUCAUCUCUUUGUGUUCACCAUUCAGAAAGCUUGUUGAUCUGUUGAUCUGUUGUUGCUUUUGCAAAAGCCAGGGUGAAACCAGGCAUCACUGCAAUGCUGUUUGCACUAUUAGGUAUUCCAGUGAGCUCAGGGCACAACCUUUUGAUAUUUUGUCUGUGUUUUCUAGAGUGCCUGUGGGCAGGAUGUAGGCUCUUUAUUACGGAACUGGGUUUACCUGUGUUCACCAAACAUCUACAAGAACUUUUAAAUUAAAAACAUACAGAUGGAAAGGGAUGGGGAGGUGAGACUCCAUUUUGAAACUGGUUUGGAAUCUCGGUAUUGGAAAAGUAUUGACACAGUCAAACAAGAGAGGAGCUACUAUGUAAGCUUUCUUCUUUGCAAAAUUCUCAUGUAUCAGUGUCCCUUAUGCCAGCCCCUGGUUGCUUCAUGGUUUAUAGACACUGUUCAGAACGUGAGGCCUAGUAAAACCUGAGAAAGUCUCAUAGUAAAGCCAGAUAAUGAAACAUACAGCUGUAAUGAAUUAAAGCUAAGUGUUAAUAUUGGUUUUGGCUUCAAAUUAUGAGUAUCCAAAUGGUUUUAUUUUUUAUUUUAUUUUAAAUAGGAUAUAGAGCUGUUGUAUGUAUUUUUGUCUGCUGAGUAGCCAGGUGCUACAGAUAUUAAAAAUAUCUAUUAUAUAUGAAAGCCAAAUAUCAGGAAAGAGUCUAAAUUGUUGGGUCUAUUUUGAUUUUGUAUAUGUGUGUGUUUAUCUUCAUAUAUUUGGACAUAUGUGUGUAUAUUUACUUUUGGGCACUCCGUAAAACAUUGCCAUAGGAAAUCACUCCAGGUUGGAUCAGAUGUUAAUUGUAGUUAACUUUUUCCUUAACUACUGAUUUUUCCAUGCAGUUUCCUCCCCUCUCCAAAAAAAAAAAACCAAACCCCUAAACCAAAAUCACUGCCAUAUACUCCAAUAGCCCAGCGCACUCCCUAACCUUUGAAUUUAGGGACAUAUCAUUAAAUGGUGUGUCUUACGUUCUGGUAGCACUAGUAUCUUUUAAGUCUGACUCUCCAUUGCCUUAGUUGGAAUACACAUUAAAGAAAUUUUCUCACUAGAUUGUCGUCACUUAUAUUUUUUUAUACUUUUAUUUGACUUGAUGAAGAAGUAUAUUGGGUUAUAGUUUUAAUUCAGGACAUUUUAGAAACCAAAAUAUCUCAUGUGAUAUUUUACCUUUUACCUGGAAGGAAGAUAGUGUGAAAAGGAAGUAAAAUGAAACUCAUUAUAAAAAUGUUUGGCUUUGAUUUUUUCCUGGUUUUAAGAACAGUACAUAAUUCAAAACCUUUUUUUCUGUUAUUUUGAUUAAAGUAACAAUUAGUUUUAAGGAAACAGUAAAGAACACCCCCCCCCAACCCUAAAGCAGGUGUGAACUAUGGCAUUCUGACUUUCUCUUUGAGGCUAAGUAGGGGAUGCUGUAUCUGAAUAAUUUGAACUAUGCAGACACAGUCCAAGAUUAUUGUUUCACUCCUUCUUAGGAGAAAAACUCCCUUCUCCAAAUUCUUGUUUCUUUCACAAUUUGCUUUAAAACAAUUUCUGUUUUUAAAAAUAGACCCCUUUGUGUGCACUUUAAAAAUGUGCAUAGUUGAGCGAUAGGAAGGGGUACAUUUUUCGUUCAAUAGGAUCGAAUUAUUAGUGGAAUAUCUAUUCUUUUAAGUUAUAUGUGAGAUCGUGUAUGAAAUUAUAUUUUAUUUUGUGUAAGAUAUUUUUAUAUUGAAUUUAAAAGUAACAUAAAUUACAAAAUGACCUUUUUUUGAAAAAAAGGAAAUGAUAGUCUCUUCUUAUUUGUCCAGUGCAAUUUCUUUCCCACUACUUAUCUCCAUUAAUUUCAGAAUAGAAAACAUAAUACCCUGACAAUCAUGGUAAGAUACCAGGGUGCCAUGUUGAGACUAUUGGGAAUUUUACCUACGUCUAUGCUUAGAAAAACAAGGGACAGAUUAAUCAAUGUGGGAGACUCUCUAUUUGGAAGUCGGGGGGAAAAAACAGUUAAACUUUGGAGGAUUUUUUUUAACCAUGUUGUAUUAAUGAAGUAUUUUACAUUUUUCUUUGAUACUUCUCAGAUUUAGAAAUACAGGUUCCUUAGCCAUACCUGCCCUUUGUUAUACUGUUUUACAAUAUAUGUAGUACAUUUUCAGGCUCUAAGGAAUUUUUUCUUUUGAAAUUUACUUGUUCUUUUUAACUUUGGCACUGUAAGUGGAACCAAAUACUCCGUGCUGAGCAUUAUGGAAGAAAAGAUUUCUCUUGAUCCAUUGCUGACCUGUUCUUCAGAGGAUGUUUAUUUCCAUGCCUCGGUUUUGUGCCCAUUGAGCUAAGUAGUUGAUAAAGGGUUAGGCUUAUUCUGAACCCAUGCACAUGACAACUGUUUUUGAAAUUAAAGCUUGAAAGAUUAAAGUAUAGUGGAAACGGUUUUGUACAAAAUAAUUUUUUUUUAUCUUUUCAGCCUUUAAACUUUGUUAUCUCACCUAAGACAUUGGGAUAGUGAGGCCCACAGAUGGAGACAUAGAAGCCAAAGCAUGCUUUUACAUAAACAUACAGAUUGAUGGCUGAAAAUUAAAUGACUCUUGAGCAAAGUAGAGUGUAUGCCUUGUCCAAAUAGAGUUUGGGCACAUAACAUGUAGAGUAGAGGAUGGUGGACGAAAAUCCAUUCAUUUUGAAGCAGUGGACCAUAAGGCUGGUCAAAGCAAAAAUAUGUUGCCCAAAAUGUGUUAUUUUCAACAUACAAAUGAUUGGAUGUUUUCAUCUGCAAAACAUUUUGAAACUUCUAUCAUGAGCUAGUGCCUUUUUCCAUCUUAUUAAGCUUAUUUAUAAGCCACUUUUAAAAGCUACUGUGGUAUUUGGUCAUUGUUGGAGAGUUUCAUAUAUUCCAAGAAUCUAUGAUAAUUCUAUCCCAUCACAGAUUCCAAUCUACACUCAUUUUCUUCCCAAAUGGUAGUUUAUUAAUAUCUAUUUUUGUAAAUAUGGAGAAUAAAAUGAAAAUAGCCUAUACAAUCUUGUUUUCAAAAAUUGACUGGAUUUAGAAUUAGAUUGAUAAAUAGAACUCAAAAUUUGGAAGUAUUGAAAGUAAUAUAAAGGGAUAUCAAAACAGUAGAUAUUGUGAGUUGAGUUAGUCAACAAGCAUUUAUUUAUUAAACAUUUAUGGUGCCGAUAGCCUACUGAGAAUAGGGCCACUGAGUAAGAUUUUUGAAAGCACCAAGCCUAGAAUUAUGCCAUGAAGAACUGUAGCCUACAGCCAAACCAUUGUACACUCAGAGCACUUAACUAUAUUAUAAUUUUUCAUGUGAGUAUUGCAGGAUUUUAGAAGAUAAAUAAUUUUUAAGGAUGUAGCUGUUUGAGCUAGGUUUUUAGAGUUGCCCUGAGAAUUAAAAUCAGGUGCACUGUGUAUCCCUCCUUCCCCCUAGCACCAGAUGCUUUUAUUUCCUCCUGGGGUGUAUUUGGUAUGGUGAGUGUAUUUCUUUUUUUUCCAAAUGUACAUAGACAUACAUGUUACACAUGCAUCCAUAAUUUGGUUUUGCUUUUUUUUUCAGGUACUAGUUAAUCUUUAGCAGUCAAUAUAUAUGGCUGUAUUUAUCUAAUGACUACAAAUGUACUUGGCAGCUCCCAGUACACCUGUUUUAUAAGCAGCCUUGGAAUCUCACUGGUUUGCUUUGCUUUAAGCUGGAUCUCUGGAUCUUUGCCACUUGGCUUAAGGUUGCACCAAUGUGGUGUCCUUGUUAAUGGUAGCAGAUGUGGAACAAAUGAGAUGAGUGACUGUUUAGAAAGAAGGAAGGGAGCUUUUGUUACAGAUCAGUUAUGGAAACAAAUCAUAUCCAUCAUUGCUUGGGAGGAAUAAAAAUAUAUUGAAAAUCUCAGCAAAGCAAAUUUUUAGAAGUGUGUGUAUUUGGGUGGGCAGCAAAAGAAAAUUCAGAGGAGAGUAAUCUUCCAGUAAUAUAAAAAUAAAGCUGUGUAUGGUCCUAUAAAAUAAUAUCAUUGGCUGUUAUAAGGUCUCAAUUAAAGGAUUAUAAAAAUACAGCCCUCCUGAGAAUUGUUAUGUAGGAGAUCUGGUCUAUAGAAGGUCAUUUUAGUUGCUUCAUUAACAUGUGAGUAUGUACUUGGUAAGUAGUGUCAGUCAACAAUAUUUACUAAGCACCUACUAUGUGCCAGGCAUUGUGCUUAGCUCUAGGGUUAUCAUAAAAAAGGUGAAAGACGUCCUUCCUUUCCAGGAGUUCACAGUCUGAUGGGGAUUACAGCAUGUCUUGUGGACAAAUGAGCUCUGUGCAGGAUAAAUUGGAGAUAAUCAAGAGAGGGAAUCAGGAAAGGCUUCUUCUAGAGGGUGGAGUUUUAGCUGGGAUUUCAGGAAAGGCAGGAGAACAGUGGGAUUGAGGAAGAGAAUUCCAGUCAUGAGGGACAGCCAGUGAAAAUGCAUAGAGGCAGGGGAUAGACAGUAUGGUGUGAGGACUUCGGUGUUACCGGAUUUCAGAGUAUUGGGCCUGAGGGAAUGGAGUAAGAUGUGAGAAGACAUGAAAUGUGUAAGGGUUGCAAAUUACGAAGGGUUUUGAAUGCCAAACGGAGUAUUUUAUGUUUUGUCUUGGAGGUGAUAGGGAACCACUGGAGUUUAUUCAGUGGGAGGAGGUGGGGGUGGGGGUUAACACGGUCAGACCUUUAGUGUCCGGCUCUGAGGUGAUAAGGGCCUACUUGAGGGUAUGGCAUAUUGGGUGAUGUUUUCGAAUCUUGUGUUCCUACAUUGCGGUCAAAUAUAUAGAUUAGUAUAAGGUUCUCAAAACUGUACCACAUCAAAUGUGAUAUUAAUAGGUUUUUCUCCCUUGUGUCUAUGUGCUAGGGAUUUCACCCAUGCCCCAAAACCUGAUUUGUGACCCCAUCUUUGUCAACCUGUUUUUGAUUAGAUAGAACAUUCCUUUUUCUGAUUUAGUUUUUACUGUUGCCUGUCUUAGAGGAUGUUAUCUUUUAUUGCACUCUGAAAUGUAAAAUAAGGCUGCCUCAUUAACUGUACAUUUUUGUGUGCUUUUCAUGUAUCCACCAGACUUGUAUGUUAGCUUUCAGUAUUGUGGUAUCAUAUUUCACAGUUGCUUCAUCUGCCACAUGGUAAAUGUUACUGUUCCACAUUUGGCUAUAUCAAAGGAAAUGAAUGUGUAAACAUUUUAAUAGCAUCUUAACAUAAUUUGUUUUUACUGCUAUUUAUUAAGAUGCUACUCAGUCCUAAAGGUUUGUAUUACUUUAUUUUUUUUUCCCCAAAGGCAUUGACUUCAGGAAUGCAAUAUGAUUUCGGGAAAAGUUGCAAACAAAUGUUAUUUACUAUAUUAAACUCUCAGGUUAUAUUGUUGAAAAAUUAGUUUAUAUUUUGCUGUUACUUAAACCUGCUGCUGUAGUAGAAAUAUAGAAGUUUAUAUGUCACCAUGAAUAAGGGAGAAAGGGCACCUUUUUUGAGUUAGUCAUGGUGGUGAUUUAGUAAAUUCUAUAUGGUUCUCAAUCUAAAAUAUUUACUUUAAAAAGAAUCAAUUUUGGCCUGAUUGAAUAAAAUGCUCCAGAAGUUGCACUGAAAGAAACAAACCAUCAGUAAAAUAUAUAUGUUCAUCUGUAUAUAUGAAAAUAUAUAGAAUGAUAAUACAAAUGGAGCAUUUGCAUCAACCUACUAAACUCACAUUGAGAGAAAACUAAAUCCUAUAACUAAGUCUUAGUCCAACUAAGUCUUGAUAAAGCCAAGUACUAUAGCUAUAAAGAAAAGUAGCUUUCAAGUACUUUGGGGAUAAAUAACUUAGAAACUUGUAAAACAAUUACACUUUUGUAUUUUAAUGCCUUUAGGAGUAUACAAUACGAAUCUUGUGUCUGCUUUGGCCAGUGAAAUUCUAAGCUUGUAUCAUAACUUGCUUUUAGGUGGGAGAUUUUUGAAAAUAGGAUGUAUAUAUGAUAUUGUAUAUGCAAAUGUGUUUAGUUUCACUUGUAAAGGGGGGAAAAGGCUUAUUUUCUUUACACUUCGAUAAAUUGUUUUGCAUAUAACCAGCACUGACUGAAAAGCAUGUGUAACUGCAUACACUGUUGCUUUUUUGUGAAAUGAAAAUAAAUAUUUAAAUACAA